CAAGCCAAUAUGAGAUCCAUUUGCAAAUGCACAGUAGAAAGAAGACCCCUCAACGCUUGGAAUGUAGCAAGACUUUUCUUUGCAGUGUAGAGCUGCAGAGGCAUCAAAGAACACAUCAAGUUGAGAAAACUUAUAACUGCUCAAACUUUGGCAAGAGCUUUUUACAAAAAUCAUAUCUUUUUCAACACCAAAGGACUCAUUCAGGAGAGAAGCCAGUAAUCUGCUUAAAAAUGGGAAUGACUUAUAAAGGUAGAAGAAAGGGUAAUAUAUGUAUUCCAAAGCACAGUAUACUGAGGGCACAUGAAUGCUUUUGGUGCAGAAGGUUCUUCAGCUGUAAAUCAAAGCUUCUUAUGCACCAAAAAAUGCACACGAGGGAGAGACCUUUUGAAUGUUCAGAGUGUGGAAAGAGAUUCAGUUAUAGAAGCAUUCUUCAAAAGCAUCAAAUAAUUCACACAGGAGAGAGACCUUUUGAGUGCUCAGAUGUGGAAAGGGAUUCAGCCAGAGUGGCUAUCUUCAACAGCAUCAAAGAACUCACACAAAGGAGAGACCUUUUGAAUGCUCAGAGUGUGGAAAGAGAUUCAGUCAGAGUAGCCAUGUUCAACAACAUCAAAGAACUCACACAAAUGAGAGACCUUUUGAAUGCUCAGAGUGCGGAAAGAGAUCCAGUCAGAGUAGCCAUCUUAAAAAGAGCUCACACAGAGGAGAGAAUCAGACUUGAAAACCUCCCCACUUCAGCAAGUCAGAUUUCAUUUCUAAUUCUGAUCACUGAACUUUGAGACAGUAACUUCCUCUCUGUCUCUCUCAUUGGAAUUCUGUUGCACAGACUGCAAUUCUCAGCUUUUUCCCUCACCUUGGAGCACUUAAUAUUGGCCUCCCUUGCACCAUUUCCCCAUUCUUCGUUUCAUGUGCAUGCAUAUGCUUCAUCUUAAGGAAUCAACUCUCACUUGCUUACUGGAGGUUCUUUACAGGUUUACUCCUUUGUAUUCUAUUUUGUAUCCAAUAAGAACAUAAGAACAAGCCAGCUGGAUCAGACCAGAGUCCAUCUAGUCCAGCUCUCUGCUACUCGCAGUGGCCCACCAGGUGCCUUUGGGAGCUCACAUGCAGGAUGUGAAAGCAAUGUCCUUCUGCGGCUGUUGCUCCCGAGCACCUGGUCUGUUAAGGCAUUUGCAACCAGAAUUACUGGUGCUCAGUCCCACCUGGAUACCUCUCACUCCUCCUGCUGGCUUCUGGGAGGGAAAAGGCCCCCAACGCUGGCAUAAAGACACAUGCUAGGGAAGGCAGCUGGGCAAAGCUAGAUGAGGAAGGUGAGUGAACCACGACACCCAUUAAUGGUUCAGGGCUACCCAUAUGGGUUCCUGCCUGUCGCAGACAGAAGUCAUACUGGGCAAGUCAAGAGCCAGCAUGGGAUUAUAUACAUACACGCAUGUAUAUCAUAUGUAUUUAAUAUUUUCAUUUUCUUAAAGCACUUAAUGUUUCUUUCUCGUGUGUCCCUAUUACUGUUGCAUU